GAUACUUCCUGGACAGCCUCAUAUAUUAUAUAUGAGACUAUACAUAGUCUCAUAUUCCCUUAUAUGUCUAUAGGGCUUGACAGUUCCCAACUGUUUUCUAAUAUAUUCAUUCAUUCAGUGAGUGUUUAUUAAAUGCUUAAAUAGCUGGCAUUGCGUUAGAUGAUGAGGCUAUGGUAUGAAAAGACCAGAUUCUAAGGCACGUGACCGUGUGGGGAGAUGCCGACGCACCGGUGAAAAGACUAAUUGCAGAUUAGAGUUUGAAAAGUGCUCUGGGGAAAAAAUUAAACGCAGCUCUGGUGAUGACUAAUGGACCAAGGCCCCGCUCUAAAAAGAGCAGACCUCUCAGAGCCUGUGACAUCUAAGCUGUAACCUGAAGGGCGAGAAGGAGCCGCUGGUGAUGGGAAGAGUGGAGAAGGGAAAAGCAUUCCAGGCACAGGGAACAGCCAGUGCAAAGACGCUGAGAAAAAGCCGACUGUGGUGAGGAAUGCGUGGAGGUCUAUUGUGGUCAGAGUAUAAUGGGCAGGAGGGAGAGUGGCCUGAGGAUUAGGAGCUGAUCUGGCCUUCAGAACAACCAUGGGGACCUGUUCUCAUUGUUCCUCCCAUUUCACAGAUGGGACAACUGAGGCAGCCAUCUCGUGUCAUUGCUAGGAAGUCAUGGACCAAGAGCUCCAGACUCCAGACUCCAGAUCUGGUGUCCCUCCCAAGCAGAUAAAAUGAACUUGCUCCAGUCUUAGUCUCCUCUCGUCUCUCUCCUCUCACCAGCAGAGAGGCCAGCCCAAGCUGUGGUUGGUGUGACCGCAGCCGGGGACUUGCACCGGGCGGGGGGAGGCAGGAUCCCAUGUGCUCCUCGGAUCGCCGUCAGGAUUGCUUCACGGGUUUCUCCGUGGGAGUAGGAAAUGUGGGCACAACUUUUCAAUGUCUUAGAAGUGCCUGUGGGCACAUGGCAGAAUUCGAUGGCGCAUCCAUCUGCCGCUCUCCCUCUGUCUCGCUGAGUAACCUGCCCUGUGACAGGAAGAGCCGGAGCCGCGGUAUGUCAUCGGAACAGAGUCCGUUAAGGCAUGGCUCUGGUUCCGGUGGAGCGUCAGUUCGGAACACGGAGCCCCUUGCUCUGCCCCCGGGGGCUGCCAACUGUUGGCUCCCGCUCGCCCUGCCUCAGCGAGGAGAGGCGCCACGAGAAGCCUUCUGGAGGAAUUUUCCUGCUGGCAGAAACUGUCAUGCUGAACUCGAGACAGGUCGCAGACUGGGAGACAUUUAAUAUUAUCACUGGGGGAGGACCCUUGCUUUGUUGAAGAGGAGGAAAAGGAGGAGGAAGUAAAGCAAGAGGAGGAGGAGAAAGAGAAGGAAGAGGAAGAGGAGGAAGAGGAGGAGGAAGAGGAAGAGGAAGACUAAGGAGCAGACAGUGUACUACUAAGCACCUCCGUGCUCACGUUAAUCAUCACGGAAACCCAGCAAGGCUAGGAAUUGAUCAUCAGCUUUGAUCAUCUGCAAAUGAGCAAACUGAGGCUAAGCAAGGUUGAGGCCCGGCCCGAGCUCACACAGGAUCCGACCUCCACCUUCUUCCAGUUCGGAGCGUCCAUCCAGCAGCAAGCCACGGUCAUGCUGAAGAUCAUGCAGGAUUACGACUGGCACGUCUUCACCCUGGUGACCACCAUCUUCCCCGGCUACAGGGACUUCAUCAGCUUCGUCAAGACCACAGUGGACAACAGCUUCGUGGGCUGGGACAUGCAGAACGUGAUCACCCUGGACACGUCCUUUGAGGACGCCAAGACGCAAGUCCAGCUGAAGAAGAUCCACUCUUCCGUCAUCCUGCUCUACUGCUCCAAAGACGAGGCCGUCCUCAUCCUGAGCGAGGCCCGCUCCCUCGGCCUCACCGGGUAUGAUUUCUUCUGGAUCGUCCCCAGCUUGGUCUCUGGGAACACGGAGCUCAUCCCCAAAGAGUUUCCAUCGGGACUCAUUUCAGUCUCCUACGACGACUGGGACUACAGCCUGGAGGCCAGGGUGAGGGACGGGAUUGGCAUUCUCACCACGGCGGCGUCUUCCAUGUUGGAGAGGUUCUCCUACAUCCCCGAGGCCAAGACCAGCUGCUACGGGCAGGCGGAGAAGCCGGAGGUCCCCGGGCACACUUUGCACCAAUUUAUGGUCAACGUGACAUGGGGUGGCAAAGACCUGUCCUUCACCGAGGAAGGCUACCAGGUGCACCCCCGGCUGGUGGUGAUUGUGCUGAACAAGGACCGAGAGUGGGAAAAGGUGGGCAAGUGGGAGAACCAGACCCUGAGCCUGAGGCACGCCGUGUGGCCCAGGUACAAGUCCUUCUCCGACUGUGAGCCAGACGACAACCAUCUGAGCAUCGUCACCCUGGAGGAGGCCCCAUUUGUCAUCGUGGAAGACAUAGACCCGCUGACCGAGACGUGUGUGCGGAACACGGUGCCGUGUCGGAAGUUCGUCAAAAUCAACAAUUCAACCAAUGAGGGGAUGAAUGUUAAAAAAUGCUGCAAGGGUUUCUGCAUUGAUAUUCUAAAGAAGCUCUCCAGGACUGUGAAGUUUACUUACGACCUGUACUUGGUGACUAACGGGAAGCAUGGCAAAAAAGUUAACAAUGUGUGGAAUGGAAUGAUUGGAGAAGUGGUCUACCAGCGAGCAGUGAUGGCAGUGGGCUCGCUCACCAUCAACGAGGAGCGCUCUGAAGUGGUGGACUUCUCCGUGCCCUUCGUGGAGACGGGCAUCAGCGUCAUGGUUUCGAGAAGCAACGGCACCGUCUCGCCUUCUGCUUUUCUAGAGCCCUUCAGCGCCUCGGUCUGGGUGAUGAUGUUUGUCAUGCUGCUCAUUGUUUCUGCCAUAGCUGUUUUUGUCUUCGAGUACUUCAGUCCUGUUGGGUACAACAGAAAUUUAGCCAAAGGGAAAGCACCCCAUGGGCCUUCUUUUACGAUCGGGAAAGCUAUAUGGCUUCUCUGGGGCCUGGUGUUCAACAACUCCGUGCCUGUCCAGAAUCCUAAAGGAACCACCAGCAAGAUCAUGGUGUCCGUAUGGGCCUUCUUCGCCGUCAUCUUCCUGGCCAGCUACACGGCCAACCUGGCUGCUUUCAUGAUCCAAGAGGAAUUUGUGGACCAAGUGACUGGCCUCAGUGACAAAAAGUUUCAGAGACCUCAUGACUAUUCCCCACCUUUUCGAUUCGGGACGGUGCCUAACGGAAGCACAGAGAGAAACAUUCGGAAUAAUUACCCCUACAUGCACCAGUACAUGACGAAAUACAAUCAGAAGGGAGUAGAGGACGCGCUGGUCAGCUUGAAAACAGGGAAGCUCGACGCUUUCAUCUAUGAUGCGGCGGUCUUGAAUUACAAGGCCGGGAGGGACGAAGGCUGCAAGCUGGUGACCAUCGGGAGCGGGUACAUCUUUGCCACAACCGGUUAUGGAAUUGCCCUCCAGAAGGGGUCUCCUUGGAAGAGGCCGAUUGACCUGGCCCUGCUUCAGUUUGUGGGUGACGGUGAGAUGGAAGAGCUGGAGACACUGUGGCUCACGGGGAUCUGCCACAACGAGAAGAACGAGGUGAUGAGCAGCCAGCUGGACGUGGACAACAUGGCGGGCGUGUUCUACAUGCUGGCCGCCGCCAUGGCUCUCAGCCUCAUCACCUUCAUCUGGGAGCACCUCUUCUACUGGAAGCUGCGCUUCUGCUUCACGGGCGUGUGCUCCGACCGGCCGGGGUUGCUCUUCUCCAUCAGCAGGGGCAUCUACAGCUGCAUUCACGGAGUCCACAUUGAAGAAAAGAAGUCUCCGGACUUCAAUCUGACGGGAUCCCAGAGCAACAUGUUAAAACUCCUCCGAUCGGCCAAAAACAUUUCCAACGUGAACUCCUCAAGAAUUGACUCACCCAAAAGAUCUGCUGACUUCAUCCAAAGAGGUUCCCUCACCAUGGACAUGGUGUCAGACAAAGGGAAUUUGAUAUACGCGGACAACAGGUCCUUUCAGGGGAAAGACAGCAUUUUUGGGGACAACAUGAAUGAACUCCAAACGUUUGUGGCCAACAGGCAUAAGGACGCCCUCAAUAACUAUGUGUUCCAGGGACAACACCCCCUCACUCUCAAUGAGUCCAACCCGAACACGGUGGAGGUGGCUGUGAGCACAGAAUCCAAAGGGAGCUCCAGGUCCCGGCAGCUCUGGAAGAAAUCCAUGGAUUCCAUCCGCCAGGAUUCCCUGACCCAGAACCCAGUCUCCCAGAGGGAUGAAGGGACCAUGGAGAAUAGGACCCACUCCCUGAAGAGCCCUAGGUACCUUCCAGAAGAGGUGGCCCACUCGGACAUUUCAGAAACCUCGAGCCGGGCCACGUGCCACAGGGAGCCUGACAACAAUAAGAACCACAAAACCAAGGACAACUUCAAGAGGUCGAUGGCCUCCAAGUACCCCAAGGACUGUAGCGAGGUCGAACGCACCUACCUGAAAACCAAAGCGAGCUCCCCCAGAGACAAGAUCUACACCAUCGACGGCGAGAAGGAGCCCAGUUUCCACCUGGACCCUCCCCAGUACGUCGAAAACAUGACCCUGCCCGAGAACGUGGACUUCCCAGACACCUACCAGGAUCACAAUAAAAACUUUCACAAGGGGGACUCCACGCUGCCGGCGACCCGCAACCCCCUGCACAACGGGGACGGGCUCCCCAACAACGACCAGUACAAACUCUACUCCAAGCACUUCACCUUGAAGGACAAGGGCUCCCCGCUCAGCGAGGGCAGCGACCGGUGCCAGCGGAACUCCACCCACUGCAGAAGCUGCCUCUCCAACCUGCCCACCUACGCGGGCCACUUCACCAUGAGGUCCCCCUUCAAGUGCGACGCCUGCCUGCGCUUGGGGAACCUGUACGACAUCGACGAAGACCAGAUGCUUCAGGAGACAGGUAACCCGGCCACCCGGGAGUCCUACCAGCAGGACUGGGCGCAGAACAAUACCCUCCAGUUCCAAAAGAACAAGCUAAGGAUUAGCCGUCAGCAUUCCUACGAUAACAUUGUGGACAAACCUAGGGAGACAGACCUUAGCAGGCCCUCCCGGAGCAUAAGCCUCAAGGACAGGGAGCGGCUUCUGGAGGGAAACUCGUAUGGGAGCCUGUUUAGUGUCCCCGCCAGCAAACUCUUGGGGAACAAGAGCUCCCUUUUCCCCCAAGGUCUGGAGGACAGCAAGAGGAGCAAGUCCCUCUUGCCAGACCACACCUCCAAUAACCCUUUCCUCCACUCCCACAGGCAUGACCAGCGCUUAGUUAUUGGGAGAUGCCCCUCGGACCCUUACAAACACUCGUUGCCGCCCCAGGCAGUGAACGACAGCUACCUUCAAUCGUCCUUGAGGUCAACGGCAUCGUACUGUUCCAGGGACAGUCGGGGCCACAGUGAUGUGUAUAUGUCGGAGCAUGUUAUGCCUUAUGCUGCAAAUAAGAAUAAUAUGUACUCUACCCCUAGGGUUUUAAAUUCCUGCAGCAAUAGACGCGUGUACAAGAAAAUGCCUAGUAUCGAAUCUGAUGUUUAGAACCUUCCAUUCGUGUUUUAUCCAUAGGGGAACGUGCAUAACGGCCGACCUUCUGGAGGGUAAAUGUCGGAUGUCCAAAUAGUGCCCUGCUAAGAGCAAGAGGAUUUAGGGAGGUACUUUUUUUUUUUUUUGUCGACUCUUUUGCACAUGGCUCCAUGCCAUCUUCUUCCACUCAAGGAAUCUUGUGAGGUGUGUGCUGAGCACGGCAGAUACCAGACAGGCGAGUCCUUAACCAAAAAUAAAUAAAUGGAUAAAUACGAAAGGGCAGGUCUCCGGGACGUGCCUACUAGGUAUGUUGGCAAUAAUGGUGCGUUGGAUGCCAAUGGUGAUGUUACGAUCUCCUAUCCUCCAAAUUUCAUUCUGGUCAGUCCACCAUGUAAUUUCCUCAUCAGAAAUGCCUGACGGUUUCUCUAAUACAGAAUAAGCAAUAUGGUAUGCAUGUAAAUUCUGACACAGACGAAAUAAAGCAGUUAAGAAUGCAUCUGCACUGUAGCGAGAUUGGCGUGUGCAAGAGAUUAGGAAGUUUGGCUUGUAACAGUCUCAGCUUUAUCGGUAUGCCUUCCAUCACAGCCCAGGCCCGACCCCGGGAACUCCAGGCUCCCCCAAAGAAUAGCCAAUCCGUGUGUUCGUGGUCACUACACUACCUGCAUUGUAGUCCAUUUCCAAGACGCAUCUGGAGCCAAAGGCCGGAGGGACCCUCAGGCGGAGAGCUGCGAGAAUGCCUCUGGAUGUUGGUGUCUGUGUGUCUCUCGCCCUCGGCUUCGAUGGUCUUGUUCCGAGCUGCAUAAGCUAACACGUGUCUGUCUUCAAUAUCUAAGUGUGGAUCUUCUGUUUAUGACACAGUGGCCGUUGUAGUUUAUCCCGAAGACUCCUAUGUACGUAAGUUUGCAUCUGCUCCCUUCUGGUGAUGACUCAGGGUUGUAUAGUAUCUGUUCCCCUCCCCCACCCCGUGAGUAACCAUAGCCCGUUCAGUCCCCGAGCACCCUUGGCGGUGGCUAAGUAAGCAGUCGUGUGUCUCUCCUCCCAGAGCUGUUAACGUGGUGACAUGCACCAGCAGCCGUGUGUGUGCUGUGAUCUGUGAGAAGCGCGAUGCCAUCUGUCUGCCGACGGCUAGCACGGUUUCAGUUUUAUCUUCCUUAGCAUCUCGAAAUUCUGUUGGACACCCAUUUCCGCCGUAACCUUCUCAAAUCUGAAGUCUCCAAAGCGUGAGACGCUCAUGCCUUUCAUCUACCCUGAAUGCCCUCCAAACUUUGCAUACACUUUAGUGAAACAAGUCAUUUGAAAUAUUCUCUCUAGGGGAGGCAAACUGCUUCACCAGCACCAACAGAAAUAUAUGAAAAAUUCCUCAAAGCAUUUGUCAUUUCUGAGUCACCUGCAUGAUUCCAUUCUUAUUCUACUCAAACCCAUAUAUAUGAGAUAGGAAAUAAUAAUCAUUAAAAAAAAAAAGUUGGAGACAGAGAAGGGGAUAUUUUUGCAUGGGGAACUUCUUAGCACAGUGCUUGCCACUGGGGGGAAAAAAAAGUAAUCUCAAAAAGGUAGUUGUUAUAUUAUGGUACUUUAUCAGAUUAGGAUUUUCUAGUUUAAAAGCUAAAUAUCAUAAAACCUGCAAAUAACAUUAACUAAACAUUUUUAUAUAGUUCUAGUAAUUAGUAUAUUUUACCUACAUUAAUAUUUUUGAAAGAUUUGGGAUACAAGGACCUUAGCUUUUGCAGAAGACCUGAGUUUGUCUGGGGACAUGGAGACAUGCUGCAGAAACCAUUUUGUGGUUUCCUCCUGCAUUCUGCUUUAGGUUCUUAGAGAAGGGAGCAGCAUGGCAAGUUGCAAAAUUGUCCUGUUUCUUCUCUUCAUAGCGUGUUCUGCUUUGCAGGCGUAUUUUCCUGUAAGUGAGAAGGUGCCAGAGACAAUUCUUUUAGAGCCCGAGGAUACAUUGACUGGCUUCCUCUUUGGGGACAUGCACCCGACCUGCAAUCUCCCUACAGUGAUGACAAGUGGCUGCAAUAAAUUUCAGGGUUAGUGGCAGAGAGGCAGAGGGAGGCAGUGGGAAGAGAGUCUUCUCUUCAUCUUUGAAAGGCAGAAGAGGCUGACUAGGUGCUGGUGACAAAUAUAUUUGAAAAUUAUAUUUUAUUUCUUGGAUACUGUAACCUUUGCAGCCCCAAGACCCAGCAAUAGAGAAGCCUGGAUUGCAGGACCUGGAAUGGUCACCCCAAUUUCUGAUCUUAAUUUUUAUUUUUUGUUUGAGAUGGGGUCUCGCUAUGUUGCCCAGGCUGGUCUCUAAGUCCUGGCAUCGAGGGAUCCUCCCGCCUUGGCCUCCCAAAGUGUUCAGCUUAAAUUUCAGCAUCUGUACAGUCUUUUAGCACUUGCUGCCUUUGUCCUCUCCUUGUAUUCCAGACCUUUCUUCCCCUGGCUGGGAUUACCUCCUUUUCCUCACGAGUCUGCCAUGUCUUAACAUGGAAUGAAUUAAAAAGUCUCCUUAGAAUACAGACAGUGACAGGUCCUCAAUCCAGAGAGACUUUGUGUCUUCCUCUGGCGUCCUCAAAACCCAGGGGGCCACCAGAUGCCGCAGAGACCUCCGGGGAGAGUGAGAAUUGCACUUGGAUUGACUUCACAGGUGAAAAAUCCUUCUCUGCAUAGCAGUGUUGUGUCUGCUAUUCACCCCAUACGGCUCUGGAUAAAGAACUAAAAAUGUGGCUUUUGGAAGAACCAACAGUGAUGUUGUGAAAAACGUAUAUUUCUUUUAAUGCCCAAAGAUUUUUUUUUAAAAAAUAAAUAAUCAGAAAUUGGAUGCCAUGUUAUAAAUGCAACCUUUCCCUCCUCCACCAAUUCACUGACUCUUAAUGGUGAUGAUUCCAACCCCAAAAAUAAAUAAAUAAAUAAAUUACCCACUGAUCAGAUGGUCAAUUUCCAAGUGAAAGAUGACGAUGUAGCACUAUCCAAAAGUAAUCCAAGUCGGUUCAGUUCUUUGGAAAAAAGAAUGUCAGGAAUGUAACCCCCAAUGGUAAAUGGCACCUAUGGUAUGGGAAAUAAUAAGAAUUAAAUAGGAAGCCCUGAGCUAUAGAUCCGUUACAGAAGGUUCUUGUGACACAUCCCAGCUCUGAGAUCUUAGAUUUGUUGAUGUCAAAGAGCCAGAAUCUCUGAACCCAACCGCCUCAGCUUCACCUGGCUUAAGUCAGAGCUGGCGUCUGCAGUGAUAUUUAACUGACUCUAAAUGAUUCUUUCCCCACUUAAGAGGGGCCCGGUUGAUCCUCAGGUAGUCACACUUGCAUGCAAAUGGCCAGGGUUCUGUCCGUGGGGAAUAGCACGCACACGCAACCGAUUUAAAAUAGUCUUCGUGAGAGAAUCUUCCAGGGUGCGACUCCACUCUGAGAAUCCUUUGUGUUUCCAGAAGAUGCUUGUCCCAGUCCUUCUACCGGUAGGUUCUUAGGCCACUUCCGGUUUCAGUCCCUGAACAGGCAAGUCCCCAGCGGGUUUUUCUGCCAGUGGGAGGUGUGGGGUUAUAAUCUCACCACUCAUUACCUUUCUGCCCUCUGCAGAUCUCUCUGAGUUGUUCUUGCCAGCACCAGGCCGGGGUUAUCUCAUGGAUUAUACUUCGUUUUCUCUUCCCUGUUUUAUAGGUUGCCUGAGAAAUCUAAAUACUUAGCUUUUCUGAUGAAAACAUUAAAAUUCACCCAUUGCAGCAAAAUCCAUCAAAUCAUUUCACGCUUAUUUUCUGGAGAGGGAAGAAAAAAAAAAAAACAGAAAAUUACACCUUGUUUACAAAUGAAAUAGUUUCACUUAAAUGGGACUCUCGCCAAGGCAGUUAAUUAGUCAAAAGAUCCACGGCUGUCAUGUAGUCACACAUUGUUUAUUCUAUUUGAUAUGUCUACCACUGAUGUGUAGUUAAUAUUCUGCAUCCUUCUCAGGAAAUGACAAAUGCCCUGAAUUCUUUGCAAAUAGAAUUGCUAAUGAAAAAGAAAAAAAAAGAUAUGUUGGUGUUAAUUAAAUGGUGAUUAAAAAUUUAUCUCCUUUAAACCUAAAAAGUGCAGCUUUAAUAAUCAGUUGUCAUAUAAAUAAAUACCUUGUACUGAAAUCCCUUGCGGUUUCAGACCUAAAUAAAUACUAAUUUGAGAAACCUAAAUAUCUUUCAGAGGAGCUGAAUAUAUUCAUUAACAUCAUGCACAUUCCUGUACUGUUUCUUUGUACCUAGCUGUUGUGCAUGAACCCUUGGAAAGACGACAUGAGUUGUUUCUGAAAUGGAGCCUGUUUGUAUUGACCAUGGCUGUAGUAGACAUAGUUGGACCUCAAGAAAAAAAAAAAAAGAAAUCCAGUAGGUGGAAGCUAAAUGCAUUGGCUGAUGUUUAAUACGAGUUAAGAGUUCUAUGUAAAGGCGAUUUUCCUUCCGAAAGUACUGUUUGUUUUCUCUUGAGACAAAAUUAGGCCUUUCCAGGCAUUGCCAUCUGCUUUUGGUCAACAGGGUUGAAAUUAAUGUGGGGUCUGUACUUGAAAAGUUCUCCCAACAUGCAGUUGCCCUUUUCCAUUCAAUCUCUACCCACCGUGCUGUGUCCACAUCUACUUGUAUCAGACGAGGUCAGCUUGCCACUCGAUGAAGAUCAGCGGUGAUCAAAUGCACUUACCCUGUGAAUACAAAUGCUCGUGUACACAUGUAUAUAAUAUACAUGCUUGAUUUCUACAAUUCACAUGUAAGUGUAUUAUCCAAAUAAAAGUGUACAUAAUGUAAAGUUUAUGUUAAAAAUUAAAUAGUGAUGAUAGUAUUAACACAUGGAAAACCCAUUCUGGUUAUUUUGAUGGGGGGAUAUUUCCAUAGAGAGGACACUCUAUUUUUUUAAUCUCAGUUCUAGGGAGGAUGGCAGAGCCCAAGUGGGAUUUGGAUGUUGGUGUUCCUGGCUUCUUCUUUUAAAGAAAGAAAGAAAGAAAGAAAAUCUGGGGUGGGGGUGUGUGUCGAAUAUUUUCUGCUCACAUUUGCUGCUGAAGACAAUGCUAAUGUGGACUUGUGUGUGAUUUCUGUAAACCCAUCGAAGGGCAGGGAUUUUCUAUUAAAUUUUGUAUCCUCUCCCCCCACCUGUGUCCAGAGGUAUGCUCAGUGCAGUAUUAGCUAGAGGCACCUGCCCAGAAGGGUCUUAGAAGAGCUGAAUUUGCAGAAUUACACCAAGAUUUAGGGGAAGGGGAAAGGAGAUAACAAAAAGAAGUUUACAAAGGGGCAGCAAUCUGUAUGGGAUCGUCAAGUUAGAGAGUAUCGGAGCUGGGAUUAGAACCCGAGACUUCAUGUUCAGUUUCUGGCUCAGUUCCCUGGGCCAGGCUGACCAAUUUCUGGGUUUCUCUCCAAGGGGAAACUCCUGAGUACCUCUGGGAUAAGAGCCAGAGAAUCCCAGAAACCUGACCUGGCUUCUUUUUGCCUCUUGCUCCCAGACAGAUCCAAGCAUGCCUCUUUGAAUUUGAUUUUCCUCUAAGCUCCUUCACAGUCCCUAUCUCAAAAUCCUGAAGAACAGGAGGCUUUAUUCAGGGACCUUUUCUUUGGGAAGAAUCUACAAGGGAUGUAGUUUAAAACGUCAAACUGGAGAGAAAGGCUGGCAGUGGCCAUUGAAGUAAGAGAGUUCUAUUUUCCCUGCACUGAGGAUGAACCAAGCACAUUGAUCGGCUGAUAGGGCUCGACUCAGUGUCUGCUCCCUUUCGAAGGCCACUUUGGGAUGCAGGGGGCUGCAAGAGGAAUAGAAAAUGUAAUCUCUUCCCAUAAGUGUGGUCUUAUGGUUUAGAAAUUCAGUUCCCUAAUACAAAAGAGAAACAAGGACCCAUGAAAUGCACACAGGGACUAAACAGCAAAAAUUAGGACAAAGUUCUUGCCAGGAAAAAAAAAAAUCUGAUUCUAUGAUCAAACUUGAACAAACAAACAAAAAAAGCCUUUCCCCAUACCUUUAAGUAACUUUGGAGAAUAUAGUUAGUGUUCCUGGAGAUGCACUUGGGUUUAUUUUAAUCUUUAAAAAGGUCCCUAAGAAACCCAGGAGCAGCCAAACAGGUGAACAAACUCACCCUUCUGUAUUUUUGCACAGGCAGGUUUGGGUCUGGUUCCAACCAGUGCUCCAACCCUUGCCAAAUCAUGCCUCCUCCCACACCUGCUUUAUGACAUGUGCUUCGAGAAAAGGUUGAAAAAAUUCCCCAAAGGAUUAGAAAAUAGACUGUGAUGGGAAAAAGACAGAGCAUUUCCUUAAAGCUUUUUUGCUUGGUUUUGUUUUUGGCUUUUGAAGAACAUUUUAGAUAGUCCAGGGUACAGAUGUAUCAGGGAAGGGUGUAGGGAGGAUCCCUUAUUGAGUCCCAAGUGCCUACUGUUGUGGCUGACAAAAGAGAAAGCAUCAGGUUCCCUAGAGAGAAAAUGGGGCAAAGAGAUGACACACAGAAUCAUAGGUGUAUUUCAGGAAGGAUGGUGGGGUGGAGAGGGAGCUUUUUUUUACUCUGUCUACCCCAUUCUGUGCAUUGCUGGAAUGUUAGAUUCCCUGCUUAUCACAUGUACAUGCCAUGGGUCAACACCUGAAGUUGGAAAUAUCAAAAUAUAAAUUAAGUGUAGACUAUAUUCUAGGCAUAUCCUAGAAUGUGAUCCUCAAAAUAACCCUAGGAUAUGAUUGCUCCCAUUUUACAGACAAGGAAACCGAGGCUCAGGUUUUUCAGGGUUUUUUUGUUGUUGUUGUUGUUUUCAGGUUUUUCAGCCUCAUCAGCAACAGGAAUGAAGCUAGUAAAUCCCGAAUGUUAGACAUAUUCUCGAAGUGCCUGAUCUCCCCCAGGGAGGUCAGAAUAGAAGUCUGAAAGAGAGAUAUGCUAUUUUGAGGUUCCCAGGCUUACUCUUGAGUGUCAGCCUCUGUGAUGAGGAAGUCUGUUAGCGUCCUGCCCCUCACUGUCUGGUUUGGGGUGUAUCGAGAACUCCUGGAGAUUUCACCUCUGUUCACAGUCCCUUCUGAGACUUGAACACUCUCUGUGUCUCUCCUCCAUAUUCUUGCACUCAGCACUUAUUUUUUUUUUUUUUUUUGAUUCCUGGGGAGUUAUUUUCUCCACUUAGCAUGUGCCUAACCUUAAAAAUCCCUUUCCUAAUCCCUCAUCUUUUUUAUCAGUCGAUAUCAGGGCUAAUUCCAUGAAACACAUGUACAUAGCAUGCUCUUACACGCACACGGCCUUGUGGCCCCCCAUUGAAGCUCUGCUAAACAUUGCGGCCCAUUUUCAAAGAGGUAAUGUCAUGUGCAAGUUGAUUGUUCCUCCUGUUUCAUGUACAUGUUUGGUUGUCUUUGCCAGGCAGACAGAACGAGGUUCAGGGAAUAGGAAAUAGAGUUUCUGCAUAAAUGAUGGAGAGCUUUAGUAAUCAGAAUGGCUGAGGGCCAGCUAUUAAAAUGUUGUCUUCCUUCUUGGUCUGUUCUUUUUUUUCUUUCUUUUUUUUUGUUUCUCAAAUUGCCUUAGAGAUACUUUCCUGGUCACUAGCAUCAGGGUAACUGUCGAACCCCUGCUUGUUCCAUCCCAUUAAAGAGUGUUGAAUUGGAAUGUUCCCAUGGAGCUUUCUAGGAGCCCAGAGGGGGCAUGGUGUUGAAUCCAUUCUGUCGGCGUGCUGCUGAUCACACACAUGCCUUUCUUGUAUCCCCCCCCUCCCCAUGUUCUAAGCCACACUUCUUUCCUGGCAUCUAUACUUCCUGUGAGGUGGGGUGCAUUAGGCCCAUUUUACAGGUGAAGAAACUGAGCUGGGAUUUGAAGGAAUGUUUUCCUGGGAAGCUCCAUGAAUGUAUCCUUCCGAAGGGUCAUUAACCUCAUGUAAGCACCCUUGCCCUAGUCCCUGAGAAAAAUUCUCCAGCUGUUUUCCUCUUUUAAGCUGGCAGUGAAAAGUCUCUUAAGACAGAAAGGUUAUUAUUAUUUAAUAGCUAUUCCGAGAUCCUGUCAUUGGGUCUACCAGUGCAUGACAGCAUUCUCCCAGGGAUGUUGAGCUAUGCAGAAAUGGAGCACUCCAAAGAACCAUCUGGCCAAUAGUGUUUCUUCUCUGGGGCCGUAUUUCCAAGCCCACAGUUCUCCAGGGAACCAGAACCAAGUUGUUUAAAAUGAAGUCAUUCCUCAGAUUAACUUCCUCAGAGAAGGUGUCAGCAGUCUGCAGAAACAAAUAAAACAAAACCGGGAUUAUCGCUCAUAAUUCCCUCUUAGGUACUAUGCCAGUGAAACAAUGAGUUGGCAUUUUUUGCAAUUCUAGAACAUUCCUCAUUAGCGGUAGCCCUGGGUCAUAACCUUUCCAGUUAAUUCUCUUUCACACCUUUGGGAAGGAUUUAAGAUGAACCUUCAAAAGGAUAUUAACAUAACACGUAGCCGAUACCACAGCUGCCUUUUAAAUUAAUAAGGUUAAUUGUUCUCCAGCAAACAUAAGUUUGUCUUUGGCAUUUUAAAUGCUUCUCAUUGAUCUGACAUUUUGCUGUUUCCUGCUUUUAAAGGGCUCAAAUCAAAGACUAUUGAUAACUGAGCAAAUAGUGAAGGUCCAGAAACAUAAAAACAUUGUUGGUUUUUCCAUGAAAAACAAUCAUAGCCUUUUGAAUUCAAUGGAGGUUUUUACAUUAGCCAUCUAAGACUUAUUGAAUUAGUUCUAUUCUCAGUCAAGCUAAUUCAAGCGAAUGAACAGUAUUGACUUUUUAAAUCUAUUUUAUUUUUUUAAAAAUCUUAAAUUUAUUAGGUUUGUAGAUACAGCUCUGGGGCCAUGACCACUACAGAAAUGUUCCAGUUUAGAAAAAGAAGAUUCAGACCUCGAUUUGGGGGCAAAUCCACGUUAUUUUCUUUGAAAAUUCUGAUGGAUUUGGAAAGAUGAAUGUGGAACUUGGAACAUUCAUCUUCUCCAAAUUUGUCACUGGGAAAGGAUGCUAAUUGCUCUUUUUUUUUUUCCAAAUAAGAUAUAAGAUUAAGAAUAACAUUUUCAUAGAAAAUGCAGUAAACUGCUUAAUACAAGUAAUUACAUAGCUAGAUGUGGUUCAGAUGACUUCCAAGCCUGAGGAUCCCUAAAGAUUUCUUUACCAGUUGCUUUUAGCUAUGAAUCUUAAUCUUGUUCAUUCCCCUGCCAAAACACAUUUAAAAGCGUUCGUAUACUUGCCAAAUUAAUUGGUAAAAUCGACUAUAGUUUAUAUCACACCAGAAUGUUUGUGUGUAUGUGUUUAUGUAUAGUAUAGUAUGUAUCUUUCAAGCUGAAUAUUCAGAAAGAAUUAGGUGAGUUAAUUGAUUGCUUGAAUAAGAAGUAGACCAUACAAAUUAUAAAUAAUAGCCUUCUUGGACAGAAAAAGAGGGAAAACUACUCAUUUUUCACUCAUGUUGUAAGACGUGUUGCAUAAUAUACAAGCUGGUCAUUGCCCUGCCUGCAAGAGAGUUCUCGAAUUGAGCAGUUUUUGCAAGGUUUAUGUCUGAGUUGUUUUGUAACCCAGUCUGGCUGGGAUUGAACUCUAUCUGCAGGGGGUUUCCAUUCACAGCUACAUUCAAACACUAUCCAAAACCCACAUCAGAACUGUCUUGGUCUCUUAUAUGGUGGAGCCCAAAGCAAGCUGUGUGCACUACACUCUGGUCUUCAUUUGGGAAUUGACGUUCGCUUACCAGUCGCAGCAGUUUAUACCUGUCAUGUUUUAAUCCACUGCAUGAGGAAGUGCUAAUAACUGUAUUAACUAUUUCCAAGCAUAGCUACAAAACUACACGUUUGCUUAACACCUUUCUAUGAUAGAGGAAGUAUAUACUAUGGUUGUCUUCUUGUAGUAUGUCUUUUAAUUUUGUUCAAUGUGUUAUCAACUGUUUUAAGGAAUGGGGUUUGAAAUGUGUGUGCAAACUGAUAUGUACAUAACUCCCGAGGCAACGCGAGUGCCCGGUCAUACGGUGUAAAAAUGUAAAUACAGGAAAAUUUCAUUUUUCUAAUAAAGAUAAUUUCUGCCAAUUGAUAUGAAAAUGA